GCAGCUAUUCGGCGCACGUGUUUUGUAAAGUUGAGUAAAAUACCUGACAUUGCGUGGGAAGUAGGCGGCGGGCGUGACUUGCAGGAAAGCCACAGACACUCGACGAGUGCACCUCGCAUCAAAUCACAAGAUCGAACCGAAGACGGGGGGGUACCACACGGCGGACGAUUCCCCACAAAGUAGUCGCCUAGCGAGCUCGUUUUCCGGCUCAGGGAGUUGAAUUGGGCGUCGUCGGUUAGGAUUUUCACAAACCACCGCAGGCUGGAGCUAAGUGCAGUGUGAACACACAUGGAUGUGAGGAGUCUCAAUCAUGCUGCCGGCUUGCAAAUCUCCAAAUAGUUGGUUCCUGAGCAACAGCAACACGCCGCAAGAGGACGAUGAGACCAUGAGCGCCGAACAGCGAGAAGCGACCGCCACCCCCAAAUUGGACUCGGCCCCGCUUUACGAAGGCUGGGCUUCCAGCACCUCCUCCGGGCUCGGCGUGCAAAAUUUGGAGCAGGACACAGAAUGCGAGACGGACAUGAAUUCCUGCCCCGACCUGAGCGAGCGUUCCUUCCCGCUCACGCCGUUUCCGAGCCUGGCGGACGGUAGCUGGCCGCAGCAGCCCGGUUUCUCCGGCGACUGGUCGGGAUAUCCCAGCGGCGAACUUCCGCCCAGGUCGGACCCCAAAGAACUCUGCAGCUGCUGCGGCCACAGCUUCCAAUCCGGACACAAGUUGAGCCUGGAGCAGCCGUGCUCGCUGCGCUCCGAGCCGCCCAGCCGCCACCUGACGCUGCCGCCGUACAUGUGCUCGCCGGCGGGUGCCGCCUGCUGGGCCCAGUGUCCCGCCGACGCCCCCGCCGGGGGGGGCAUCAAGCUACCGCUGCAUCAGUACCAAGCGGCUUACGCCCCCCAGCACUGUGAUUGCAGACCUCCCUGGGGCCGAGUCACUCCAAUGGGCCACAGCGUUCCCCCUGGCGAGAAGCCACCGACGCAAAGCAUGUCGUUGUCGCUGGCGCAGAGGAAAGUGUUCGUCACGUACGAGGCGGACGACGACGCGCACGUCAACGAGAUCAUCAAGUUCGUGGCCCUGCUGCGGCACAACGGCUUCGACACGCACAUUGACAUAUUCGAGCAGCAGUUCCGCAGCAUCAGCAAGAUCGACUUCAUGGAGCGCUACCUCAGCGAAAAAGACUACCUGAUCAUCAUCAUCAUCAGCCCAAAGUACCACGAGACGGUCACCACCGCCCACGUCGGCCCCGACAACGACGAGAGGACUUGCAAUACCGUCUACAUCCACAAACAGCUCCAGUAUGAGUUCAUCCAGAAUGGAAGCAAGAAUUUCCGCUUCAUUCCCAUUUUGUUCCCCGGGGCGAAAAAGGGUCACGUUCCUAACUGGCUGCUGAACACGCACGUGUACCGUUGGCCGCGCGACCGCGACGACAUCCUGCGACGGCUGAUGAGGGUUGAGAAGUACAACCCGCCGCCCAUCGGAGAACUGCCCACCAUCGUGUCCAUCCCCAUCUAGAACCCUUUUCUCAAUAAUGCUUUGAAACAAUCGUCGCCAGGGCCCUUCUAGGUGGCAGGAAGUGAUGGGGGAGGGGGGGAUGCUAAUGCUAAACUCAUCAUUCAAGCCCGGCAGUCUGUUUUAUCUGGCCUUGGUCAAAUGACACAGGAGUUUGUUUACAAGUACAGUUUUUUGCCACCCGCAAGUACGUGUGACGUCAGGUCUACAGAAGAUUCUGGUUGGUUUGAGGAGUUACGCGUCGGGGAGGUUCUCCGCUAAGAACGUUCCUUGAAUUGACAGCAGGAGUGGUGAGAAGAUGAAGAGACAUUUUGGAUGGGAUGGAUGAGUGGUGGCUCUCUCAACAGUUCAUGGAAUUUUGCAUUGGAAUUUAUUUUGAAAGACUUUUGUGUCUUUUUUUGUGUGUGUCUGAGAAUUUCAGAACUGCUGAAUAGAAUCUUACCUUUAAAAUAAACAUUUUUGGCUCUA